AUGCAUCAAAUGGCAAUUUUAUUUCCAAUUAUUAUUCCUAGUUCCGUCUACCUGACCAGACCCAAAACGGAGCCAUAUUAUGUGAAAGACGGUGGAGUUGGUCCGGUGCUGGAGUGUAGUUUUGCUGCAGAAUACUUGAAUCGGACUCGAUAUGAGCCAAGUUGGACGGCGGUGAUCGGUGAACUUCCAAAACACAUAACAAGAAACGACAUCAAUUUCGUUCGAGAUGCAUAUGAGUUGAUGCAGAACGAUGCACGAUACAGCUUACGGUUAAAAACUGUAAGUUAUCGAAAGAAUAAUGGAAAAUAUUACUGCACGAUCCUCGAUAAAGAAAAUGGAAUAGCUCCUGAAAGGCCUGAAAUUUCAAAGGAGCCAGAAGGACAUGUGGUGGAGGGCGAAUUUAUUAGUAUUGAGUGUGAAUCGAAUUCCGGUAACCCACCUCCAACUUUCACGUGGAGGUUCAGUAACAACACCGAAGUACCUAAAGAGUGGUUUCAAGUAAAACCAGCAACUCCAUCUAAUUCCGUUUCAAGUUCUAUUCUUCAGUGGCGGGCAAGUUUUUUUGAUAAUGGGGCGUCGUUAACAUGUGAGGUGUGGAACAAGGCGUUACCUGUUGGACAGCACUACGACGCUACUUCGAAGGCUCUUAAUGUCUUUUAUAGACCUCGAGUAAAGGUCGGGCCUGUGAGGGAGUACAAUGUUGAGGAAGGUGAAAGGACUGAAGUAACUUGUACAGCAGAUGGUAAUCCAGAACCCACAAAGUUUGAAUGGAAUAGCGUAAAUACAGGCGAACGACAUGAAACAGCAAUAUGGAGAUUUGCUGCCGAAAAACGACAUUCUGGCGAACUUAGGUGUAAAGCUACAAACCGUGUUGAUAGUGGUUAUAACACAUUAAAUUUAAAUGUGCUUUAUCGUCCUACAGUGACAGUUCAAGAGUUGUUUACCCCAGCUGAGGGGGAAACGAUAACCUUGAAAUGUACCGCCGACUCUAAUCCAGCACCAGAUAUAGUUUAUUGGCAAAUGCCAAAUGGCGCUAGACACAAUGAUUCUCAUCUAAUUCUAAAUUCUGUCGUACGAUCAGAUUCGGGAAAUUAUACUUGUGUCGCUAUGAAUACAAUGACAGUUUACGGCCAUCCACCGAAGAAUUACACCCGAACAGGCACCGGAAUUUCGGUUGUUGACGUACGCUCAAAACCUGGAAAAGCAACAAUUCGGUCUUCUGAACCCACCGUUGUUAUUGGUUCUCGUGUGACGCUUACUUGCGAAGUUUCCGACAUUGGAAGCCCAAAAGCACAAUACCGAUGGUCUUCUCGUACCGAAGAUGAUACAUUUCGCGGCAUUGAACAGGCGUCGGAUUCUAUAGUUAUUGAACAUGCGACUUUAAACAAUAGUGGAGAUUAUUACUGCACACCGUUCAACAGUAUUGGAGAUGGCGGUGAAGCUCGCUUUUUGCUUGAGGUGAUAGAGCCUCCGAAAUUUACCACUACACUUCCGGGAAGCAAGAUUUUGAAAAAUGAAAAUGCUGUUUUGUACUGCGAAGCUGAAGGUUAUCCUGCUCCCGAAAUUCGUUGGUUGAAGAAUGGCUACGAUAUCACCGAUUCCAACGAUUCCCACUGGACAAUUGUGAGCGAACGGCAUGAUGAAAGUUGUCCAAUUGGCAAUUACUGCGCAAUCCCAGUCGCAUCACAGCUUCGAUUCGUCGAGCCUUUAAAGUGGAGUGAUAAAGGAAUUUAUGAGUGCUUUGCUAAAAACGGCAUUGAAAAGUUGUCAGCGCAAACGUCGUCAAGAAUUAGUGUUUUUCAUAACCCAGUAAUUCUCAACGAACGGUAUCCAAAUGAAAGUCUCGCAGCAGCAGAUAGUUCCAGCAAUGCACGUAUUGUAUGUCAAGUUUCUGCAAAUCCCGCUCCUAGAAUUGAAUGGGUAAAAGGUUCCAGUGAAGUUCACAGCGGCAAUAGUCGUUAUACAAUAAAUACUAUGGCACUCAUUGGCAAAGUGGAUGAAUUUGAAUCAGUUUUAGAAAUACACGAUUUAGUUGAAUCAGAUUAUGGCCCAUACACUUGUCGAGCUAUAGCGCGACCUCAGUCACCAAGGAAUGCUCGAGUAAUUCUGGCAGCAUCUGGCUGGCUACUAAUCGGAUGGCAGUCAGGAUUUGAUGGUGGAGAAGAACAGAAAUUUCAGCUGGAAUAUCGUAAAACAAAUCCUUGGAAAGACGUUCCUGAUGGAGCUGAUCCCGUAACAUUUUACAUCAACGGCGGAAAUGCUUCAUCUGUUGUUAUUUACGGCGAAGGUAGCAAGUUUGGCAGGCGCUAUCGGCGGUAUAUAGAACCAACAACAUUUUUGAUUUAUAAUAUCACUUCAUUAACUCCGCUUUCGAAUUACUGGGUAAGAAUUCGCGCUGGUAAUACUCUUGGCGAAAGCGAGUGGACCCCCGUUCUUACUGCCUUGACAGCAGAUGUUAUGGAAGUGGCACGAUUACCACGACCGCAGUCGCUAGUUUACAACACAAAUCAGAGAUCAGUUGGAUUCCAGGAUCCAGACAUGACCGGGCUUUGUUUACUGCUUCUAGUUAGUACUGAAGAAGCAUCUGAGGAAAAAGAACCAAAUUGGAGAUCAGUUGGUUGCUUUUUUGAAUCACCAAUUUUAAAUAUUGAUUCAGCGGCUCAAUUUCGCGCUAGGUUUUGCUUAGAAGGGAACAUUUCUGUAUGUUCAAGGCCUGCAGAUAUUGUUGUAACUGCAACUUUGUUGGCGUCAGCAUGGAAAUACGCAUUGCCUCUUGCUGUCAUUGCAUUCGCCGUUCUCCUACUUGUGUUAACAUUAUUAGCUUGUUGCUUCUUAAGGAGGUAUCUCGUAUGUGGGAAGGCAAAGCUAAGGACACGCUCAAUUUUUGACAAAAAAAGACCGGACGUCAGCGCUCCAUUACCUCAAGCUGAUGGCAAAAAUGCCGUAGUGCAUGGUUCGCAUUCAGACAGUGGUAUAUUCACACUCGGCUCAUUGCCCAACAAUCAGCCUGUUGGACAGCAAAGUGCAAAUGGUCCUCCAGAAAACUCAGCGCCAUAUGACAUGACUGUCAAUGAGUGGUGUUCAAGUGAUGCUAAUGACUUUUCGAAUGAUCCGUACACCCAUGACUAUGGCAGCCAGUAUAUUUCCGGAAAAGAUGCAUUCCCUGGGCCGCCAUCCUUGCAGAGUGGCAACUUUUUUUAUGAGGGUUUUCCGCCGUGUGACGCUCAACCAUUUGGCGAUCAGAGGAGCAGUUUAGAAGGCCUUCCGACAACAAUUUAUGAAGAUCAAGAGGACAGUGAUGAAGCAUCAUGCUCAGUAUCUGGCGGAAGACGAGUGAUGAGAGAAAUUAUUGUUUAGUG